AUGGGUGUUACCGGGCUUUGGACAGUGUUGCAACCAUGCGCCCGCCCUAUUAAACUCGAAACACUCAACAAGAAACGGCUGGCCGUCGACGCGUCAAUCUGGAUUUAUCAGUUCCUGAAGGCAGUGCGCGACAAGGAAGGAAAUGCGCUUCGAAAUUCACAUAUUGUCGGUUUCUUCCGGCGGAUAUGCAAGCUGCUGUACUUUGGAAUCAAGCCAGUAUUCGUCUUCGAUGGCGGCGCGCCAGUCUUGAAACGGCAAACGAUCGCGGCACGGAAGAAAAGAAGGGAGGGUCGAAGAGAAGAUGCGACUAGAACUGCGGGGAAGCUGCUUGCUGUGCAAAUGCAGCGGACUGCCGAAGAAGAAGCCGAGGCGCGACGACGAAAUAAAAAACGUCCCCAGGGUGAAGGGGAGGUGGUGCCUGAAGCCCCCGUCUACGCGGACGAGGCUCUCAUGACCGAGCAGGAAAGACAAAAGAACCGAAAAUUCAAGAAAAAGGAUCAGUAUCACCUGCCGAAUCUUGAUGUCUCGCUUGAAGAGAUGGGUGCCCCGAACGACCCUCGAAUUAUGUCCCAGGAAGAGUUGGAGCAAUAUGCGCGACAGUUCCAUCAGGGCCAAGAUAUCAACCUCUAUGAUUUUUCAAAAAUAGACUUCGACAGUCCCUUCUUCCUCAGUUUACCGGCCACGGACCGAUACAAUAUUCUGAACGCAGCCCGGCUCAGGAGUCGACUGAGAAUGGGUUAUUCCAAGGAACAACUAGAUACCAUGUUCCCUGACCGCAUGGCCUUUUCAAGAUUUCAAAUUGAACGAGUUACGGAACGAAAUGAUUUAACACAACGACUAAUGAAUAUCAACGGCAUGAACGGAGAGGAGGCAUUUUACAAAUCUGGACAGCGAAUUGCUGGCGAACGUGGUCGAGAAUACGUCCUGGUCAAAGAUAGCCAAAAUGAGGGUGGAUGGGUUUUGGGCGUUGUGGGAAAUAAAGAAGCAGGACGGGAAGAUAAGCCUAUUGAUGUAGAUCAAUAUGGCCUGCCCGACCCAGUCUCAGAGUCUGACGAAGGGUCCGAUGAUGACGAAUUUGAGGAUGUGCCUAUCGAAGGGAUCAACAGACUACCCAAACUGCCUGCCCUUCAAGAGGGAGUGCUUGACGCCUCUCUGCAGCAGGCUCAAGAGGAGUUGGAUUUGCAAAGGGUAUUGUUCGAAUCGCGCGGAAACAAAAGCCUACCCGCUACCUUGGGUCAUUAUGCCGAUGAAAAUGCGCUUUUUGUUCAAGGCGAUCAUCAGGACGUUCUUUCUCGGCCCCAGAAUCAAUAUUCCGGCAUAUUUGAAGAAGAUGAUGAUGACGAGCUCGCGAGAGCCAUCGCGCUGUCAAUGCAGACCAAUGAAGAUGCAGAUGAAGACAUGCCUGAUAUUUCCAUCAACCAGCCUUUGCAGUCCGUACCUGCCCCCGAGCCUCUGCAGGAACCUGAUUUUGAUGAAAGUGACGAAGAUAUGGACUUUUCAGCCGCAGUUGCGCAGACAAAGGUCUCGGAAAAGAAAUCUCUCGUUGAGAACCCUUUCUCUGGGCCGCUUCCUUUCGAAUCUAUUACACUUAACAAAGCCACCAAGAAGUCUGACGAGAGCCCUGAGGUGGAUGAAGAUGCCGGCGGCUUUGUUAAGGAGCCUAUGAAUAAAAAGAAGCAAGCCGAACCGCUUCCUCCGUGGUUCUUUGGGGACAAGUUAAGCGAGGAAUUUAUUACGGAGCCAACUUUUGAACAUGAGGGCAAGGAUCAACAUAACGCACAUCAAGAUCACUGGUUUCUCUCAAAUCGACGAUCCCCGGAUAUCAUUCAGGUUGAUGACACGCCAGAAAUUAAGGAAGUGAUUGAUUUAGAGGCAGAGCCGGAAGAAAAAAUCCCUGAAGUUUCUAUACCCAUGCAAGCUGUUUUAUCAGGGGAUGCAGGGGUAAUGAACGCGGAGUCGCCUAUUCGCCCAUCUGUGACUGCAGAGUCUGCGAAGGGUGAAAUUUUUGAUUCUUCGCUCGAGAUCAACGCCCCGGCGAGGGAACCUCAUGUUCUGACCAUCGGAGAAGACGUCCAAGAGGCAAAUGCACCAGAACCCUCUUCCCAGGCAGAGGCAUCUCCUGAGCCCGAGUUCGAAGAUGUCAUCCCCGCGUCUCCCACUCCUGCCCCGGCCCCAGGCCCUCCUCCUGAGAUCACGGUGGUCCCCGAUCGCCACACCGAGCUCCUAGAGGAGCCUGCGCCUCCUGAGCUUCUUGUUCAAGAUGACGAUGACGAGUUCAGUGAUCCAGAGGAUGAAGAUCUCAUGCGACAACUGGCAGCCGAAGGAGAGGAGCACGUCCGAUUUGCGCAAACUCUCAACUCGGAUGUCCUCCUCAACCACGUGGACUAUGAACAAGAACUGAAGCAGCUACGAAACCAGCAACGGAAGGAUCGACGUGAUGCAGACGAAGUAACACAGAUCAUGAUCAAUGAGUGCCAGCAGCUGCUCCGACUAUUUGGGCUGCCGUAUAUUACUGCUCCCAUGGAGGCCGAGGCGCAGUGUGCCGAACUCGUCUCCUUGGGGCUUGUGGAUGGAAUUGUUACCGAUGAUAGCGAUACUUUUCUCUUUGGCGGCACUCGCGUCUACAAAAACAUGUUCAAUCAGAGCAAAUUUGUGGAAUGCUAUCUAUCCUCCGACUUUGAAAAGGAGUAUGCGCUCCACCGACACAAGCUCAUCAGCUUUGCACAUCUUCUGGGCAGUGAUUAUACCGAAGGUAUACCGGGCAUUGGACCCGUGAAAGCCCUCGAAAUCAUCACCGAGUUCUCGAGUCUCGAAGAGUUUCGGGAGUGGUGGACAGAGCUCCAGAUAGGUGUCAACAAGCCAGACGAUGCACACCUGGCCUUUCGGAAGAAGUUCCGCAAACAGGCUUCGAAGAUCUUCCUCCCACCGUCGUUCCCUGAUACCCGGGUAGAUACCGCCUACCUGGAACCCGAAGUCGAUGCAGACUCGUCCCAAUUUCAAUGGGGCGUGCCAGAUCUGAAUGGUCUUCGGCAUUUCCUCAUGUCGACGAUCGGCUGGAGUCAAGAGCGCACCGACGAAGUCCUAGUGCCGGUCAUUCGAGACAUGAACCGUCGGGCGCAAGAAGGCACCCAGUCGAACAUUACUCAGUUCAUGCAGGGAUCUAUAGGCGCGGGAGCAUUUGCACCAAGGGUACGCGGUGGUCCCAGCCGGAUGGAGAAGGCCUUCGGCCGACUACGGCAGGAAGCCAGAGGUGGCCGAGAGGCGGCACACGGCGAGGAGUCUACUGCAGCUGCAGCUACAGAUACAGCCACAGAGGAUCGGGCUGAGGAGGGCUCGAGCUCGGGUAAACGUGGGAAAGCCACCCAGGGCGGCGCCAGUAAGAAGCGAAAGACUCGGAGGGAGUCGUCGGCUACAUGA